UUAAAUACAAACAGCAAAAUUAAGUUCACAGUGAAGUUAGUUACAGUUACAAAACGCAGUAAGUAGGUGUUUGAAGUAAAGCCACUUUUAUGUCACUUCGUUAGAAUCAGUCAAAAAGUAAACAUGGCGGCGAUCGACGUUGAGCCUCAAAAAAUGGAGGCGCUGAUGCGCACCCUGAAGCUGUCGGGGCACGUCGGUUUCGACAGCCUGCCUGACCAGCUGGUGAACAAGAGCGUGCAGAAUGGAUUCGUAUUCAACAUCCUGUGCAUAGGUGAGACAGGGCUCGGUAAGUCAACCCUGAUGGACUCCCUGUUCAACACCAACUUUGAGUCAGUCCCGAGUCCCCACAACUUGCCUACAGUGAAGCUGAAGGCACACACUUAUGAGCUGCAGGAGAGUAGCGUUAGACUAAAGCUGACCAUCUGUGACACAGUGGGUUACGGAGACCAAGUGAACAAGGAGGAUAGUUUCAAAGCCGUGGUAGACUACAUUGAUGCGCAGUUCGAGGCCUACCUACAGGAGGAACUGAAGAUCAAACGAGCCCUGCCCCAAUACCAUGACAGCAGGCUGCAUGUCUGUCUGUACUUCAUCUGUCCUACCGGACAUGGCCUCAAGUCCAUAGACUUGGUGUGCAUGAAGAAGUUGGACACGAAGGUGAACAUCAUCCCCAUCAUCGCCAAGGCUGACACCAUCUCCAAGACAGAGCUGCAGAAGUUCAAGUCUAAAAUAAUGCAAGAACUGCAGGCGAACUCUGUGGAGAUCUACCAGUUCCCAGUGGAUGAUGAGUCGGUGACGGAGGUGAACAGCGUGAUGAACUCUCACAUUCCCUUCGCAGUGGUCGGCUCCACUGACUUCGUCAAGAUCGGGAACAAGACCGUGCGCGCCAGGCAAUACCCUUGGGGUACUGUGCAGGUGGAGAACGAGUCCCACUGCGACUUCGUGAAGCUGCGCGAGAUGUUGAUCCGCACGAACAUGGAGGACCUGCGCGAGAAGACGCACGCGCGCCACUACGAGCUCUACCGCCGCCGCCGCCUGCAGCAGAUGGGCUUCACGGACGUCGACGCAGACAACAAACCCGUCUCGUUCCAGCAAACGUUCGAGCAGAAGCGCAGCGCCCACCUCGCGGAGCUGCAGCAGAAGGAGGACGAGAUGCGGCAGAUGUUCGUGCAGAGGGUCAAGGAGAAGGAGGCCGAGCUCAAGGAGGCUGAGAAAGAGUUGCACGCGAAAUUCGACAAAUUGAAGAAGGAUCACACGGACGAGAAGAAGCGGCUGGAGGAGCUGCGCAAGAAGAUCGAGGACGACACCAUCGAGUUCAACCGGCGCAAGCAGCAGACUGCGCAGUCGCACCACACGCUCACACUCGGCAAGAGCAAGAAGAAGUAACGUGGGACACAUCGCCACAUGUAACGUAACACGCAACAUACACAUGCAACUUUCAGCAGACGACUUCUUUUUAUCUUUCUAUGCUGAGAGUCCAAAUUCUCUCGCAUGCGUCGUCCGCUCCAUAUUACCGUAAUACUACAAUAAGUUUUCAAGAUAACAACUAUAUCAGUAGUUUAUUGAUCGUGUGACAACUGAGUGCAGGUUUUUACAUUUUAUCGCGUGAGUAAAUAGUUAUAAUUUACAAGUCUCGAUGUAAGUUUUUACAAUUUACAUUUUCAAUCAAUAAUAUGAUAGAACAAAUCUAUUUCAUUCAUGUUUAAACGUAAAAUCGUACGUAAAUCAUAUAUCUCGCUUUGAUUUAGUUUUUAUUUUGUCACAUUUUUCUUAUCUCUUCCUUUGUUUAUUUAUGCUUUUAUCUGAAACUUGUAUAGAAUUAUUGUGAAGCGCAAAUUAGAAAUCCUAUUCGAAACGUUUGCUUCGCGUUUUUAAGUCAAAAUGAAUAUGCAAAUAUUGAUGAGUGUACUGGUAGUGUCAAAACGGACAUUUUAAAUCAAAUCCUAAUCGAUUCAUGACACAUCAGUGAUUGUAUUAUAUCUAAGUGUAAUUGGCCAAAUGAUUUAAUCAAGUAUGCGGAGUGACUUUACCAAAUGUAUUAAAUGAGAUAACUAAGCAUUAUUUUAUUUACAAGAUGUAGUUGUAGGGAGGGGUACUCGAGAAUGUGUUUAUGGGCGUCUCACAUCGGCGCUUGUCGUUGGACAAGUGUCAGUAGAGUAUGUGCGACCUGGCCCGUAACUCCCGCUGCAUGCUCGAGUACCCCAGUAUGCGUAGUCCUUAGUUUUAUAUGAUUGUAAUAAACAUAGUUAUGUUUAUCAUAGUUUAUUAUGUACUGACAUAACAUCGCGUGUAAUAAAAUUGCCUAUUUACCGUAGUGACUAAGGAAAUAGCUAGACGUAAUAAAUUAUAAUAUUUACUAUUGCCUGUAAACGAUUCGCACGCACUUGACUUUACUUAGAUUUUACAAUAAAAAGUUAAUUGGAUAUCGACAACAACGCUUUACUAACUGUACUUUGAAGGAGCGUGAUUGUAAUAGCUCUCUAGUGUUUGGAACUAAGUAAAACUAUGCGAGUUGCAAUAGGCGGAUAUAAUUAUGAACUAUUCUCAUAGCAUUUAUUCAGUCAUUCCUACUUUAAAUUAAUUUUAUACUUAAUUUUGAAUUAUUUUGUAUUACCUGAUUAAGGUAUUUAAUAAAUAAAUAUUAAAAUGA